AGAAGUUGACAGAUCUCCCCACGGUUGUAUCGAACCUCCUGAGGUGUAAAUUUUCAUUUUCACUUGUUCUAGUUUUAUCAGUUUAAGGCCAGUAGUCGCGUAGUAAGGUUCGAUGCACUCGCUUUGGGAGAGUUGGCGCGAACGUAUAUGAGUGAAAACUUUUUUUCACUAAAUAGUUCGAAAUGGAGCAGGACGGUACUCAAAGUUUUGCCAAGUUGAAAAUGAGUAAGAGGCCGGACUCUCUCAAAUUGGAAUUAUUGACUAUACCUGAAAAUUCUUACGUGAAUCAAUUCGACAAUCGUGUUAUUAAUGUCGGCUUUAGGAACAUCAAUUAUACUAUUAAAGAAGGUAUAUUUAAAAAAAAAACUAGGGUGGUAUUGGAUAAUAUAAAUGGAGAUUUUUCUGGUGGAGAAUUGACAGCAAUAAUGGGUCCAUCUGGUGCGGGCAAAACCAUGUUAUUAAACAUCUUAGCAGGAUAUACAUCAAAAGGAGUUGUAGGGGAUAAAUUAGUAAACGACAAACCAAGAAAUGAACUGACGUUCCAAAAAAAGUCCUGCUAUAUAAUGCAAGACGAUAAUCUCCAACCCUUACUUACCGUAUCAGAAUCUAUGAUGAUAGCCGCCAAUCUUAAGAUGAGCUCUCUAUAUACCACAAAAGAAAAGAAAAUUAGGAUAAAAGAAAUUUUGGAAUCGAUGGGUUUGUACCACCAUCGAAAAACUAGAUCAGGCGCCUUAUCAGGAGGAGAGAAAAAGAGACUUUCCAUAGCAUUGGAAUUAUUGAAAAAUCCAGAUGUGAUGUUCUUUGAUGAACCAACAAGCGGUUUGGAUAGUGUAGCUUCAAAGCAAUGCAUUUUAUUAUUAAAACAGAUGGCCAUAUCCGGAAAGACCAUAAUUUGCUCCAUCCAUCAGCCCAGUGCUCCAAUUUUCGAAAUAUUUGACCACUUAUACGUAGUAGCUAAUAGUAAAUGUAUAUACCAAGGAAGCGUUAAGGGUUUACUACCGUAUUUAGAAGAAGUCGAUUUGAAAUGUCCCACUUAUCACAAUCCCGCCGAUUAUUUAUUAGAAGUUGCGAAUGGAGAUUACGGCGAUUAUGCAACUAUCUUAUCAGAGAAAUCACAAAAUGGAUUAAAUCUCGAGUACCGAAAAAAGCAGAGGAACUCUUUGCAAUUGGAAUCUUUAGAACAUAUAAGUAGAAUGAUGGAGUCAGGGAAGAUGACACCCGUCCACGCCCCACCAAUUUUUCUUUCCAAAACACCAAUUUGCUGUGAUAAAACUUUAGAUUUUACUUACAUUCAUUCCUACAAGGGUACAUAUCCUGCGUCGUUUAUAAAACAACUGUCAAUAUUGAUCCAUAGGACUUUUUUGAUAAAUACAAGAGACCGAUCUCUUACAAUUUCCAGGUUUUUGACACAUAUAACAAUUGGAUUAUUUAUUGGAAUUUUAUAUUUUGGAAUCGGAGUGGAUGCUUCUAAUAUGUUGAAUAAUUUUAAUUAUAUGUUUUUCACGCAAAUGUUCCUCAUGAUGACUGCGUUCAAUUCAGUUCUUACAACAUUCCCUUCCGAGCUACCAAUUUUAGCAAGGGAGCAUUUUAAUAAAUGGUAUUCACUGAAGUCAUACUACUUGGCAAUAUCAAUCGCAGAUAUUCCCAUCCAGAUGGCUGCUACAACUUGUUACGGCUUAUUGACUUACUUCAUGACGCAGCAACCAGUGGAAGUAUACAGACUUGGAUUAUUUUUGUUCAUGUGUAUACUUAUUGCCGCAGUUUCUCAAAGUUUUGGGCUGUUAAUAGGAGCCGCAAUGAGCAUCAAUAAUGGAGUGAUAUUUGGUCCUUUCUGUUUCCUGCCGUUUACGAUUUUCUCCGGAUUUUUUGUUCAACUGACAGCAACGCAUCCGGCCUUACAUUGGAUCUUCCACAUCUCCUUCCUUAAAUAUGGAUUCGAAGGACUGGUACUUUCGGUUUUGGGAUACGAAAGGGGAAAACUACCAUGCGAAGCCGACUAUUGUAAUUUCGUUAACCCCAAACAUUUUCUUAGGGUUAUGGAUAUGGAUAAUUCGACAUACUCAAUGUCUGUGAUAUUCUUAGUUAGUUUAUUUUUAGUUUUGAGGAUAGCUGCGUACAUAGCGUUACACCUCAAAGUGAAAAAUUCGAGACAGCACAGGUAGAGGUGGGGUGCCAUUUUUUUUUUUCAUAUAUAUAUUAUAAAAAUUGAUGUACGUCAUAAAGCAGCACGAAUUGAUAUUGGAACAACGUUGCCAGUCUUUGAAACUUUAAUGCAGAUUAAGGAAAUGUAGGACAAUGAGGUUGUGAUACCUUUACUUCUAGGUUUAUUUAAUAAAUGAUAUAAAUAUAAUGUUCUACUCGUUUGAAAUUGUAUUUUUAUUAAAAUGUGUGAUUUUGGUUAUAAUAUAUGCUAAAUUGAACUAAGAGUGUGAGUUAUGCAUCAUACAAAUUCGCAAACUUAUGAACCUAACCUUACUUUUUCAUAUUGUUCAAAUUUAUAUACGAUAUUUACAAAAAAACGUUCAUUUACAUAAUUGUAUUGAAUAUUGAGAACAAAUUUAUCAUAUCUGAUUAAAAAUAUAGAAAACAAACAUGUAAUCAUAAUAUUAAAGCGGUAUUUGUGAAAAAUUAUGGCGUGUAUCAAUUUUUAUGGUGUAUGACAUAUUUAAUACCAUUGAUAAACUUUUUUUUAUUUGAAAGUAUUUUCGUUAUUCGUCUUCUUGAUAUGCGGUUCGGAUUAGUCUUAAUUUUUGUUUUGAUAUUUAUUCCGUGGUGAUUUAUUUUCAAUUUGCUUGACAAAAAUUGAUUGAUGUCUCAGUAUUUUGAGAAUAUGAGUUAUUUUAAAUACAAUGUAUGCACUAUCAACUACAUUUUUUGAUCCGUCGAGUCUUCCAAUAGAUCGCUGGUUAAUAUCCGGCUCGAAGGACCAGAUAAGGUAUUUGAUAGUGUUCGUGUAAUGGUAGUGUAUUCAGUAUGAGUACCACCAACGGUUCCAUAAAUUCAAACUUCUUUUAGAUGUUUAUAAUAGUGAACAUUUAAAAUCGUAGGUGGAACCUGUUGGAUUUUAUGAUCAAAUUAGAAUUAUGUGAUGUUUAUUCGGGUAUUUGAAACAAAAAAUGAGAAUAUUAUUUAUCAAUUUUCUUCAUUUUGUGACAUUUGAAAUUAGAAUAAUAUUUAUGUUUGCCAUAUAAAAAUUAUUUAGGUAUUCGGGGUAUUAACUGAAAAUAUUUUGUUUUAACCCAGCACCAAUUUUACCAUUUGUACCUAUUGUGAUGAUUGUUGUAUAGUAUUUUUUAAAAUAUGUUUUAUUUUUUAAUAAACGUACUGUAUAUUUU